AUGCAUCACCCCACUCUAGCCGUGGUCGCGGCCGUCCUGGCCGCGUUUCCCGCCGAGGCCAUGUACGCCAAAAGCUCGCCGGUGCUGCAGGUCAAUGGCGGCAAGUCGUUCAACAGGCUGAUCCGGGACUCGAACUACACGACGAUUGUCGAGUUCUACGCCCCCUGGUGUGGACAUUGCAAGAACCUCAAGCCUGCCUACGAAAAGGCAGCACGCAACCUCGAAGGCCUUGCUAAUGUCGCUGCCGUCGACUGCGACGACGAGGCGAACAAGAAGCUCUGCAGCGACCACGGCGUCGAAGGCUUCCCCACCCUCAAGGUGAUUCGCCCCUCCAAGAAAGCUGGCGGUUUCCCCGUCAUCGAUGACUACCAGGGACCUCGGACCGCUACGGGAAUCACCGAGGUUGUCGCCUCCAAAAUCAAUAAUUUCGUCGUCCGCGUCACCGACAAUGAGCUUGCCACCUUCCUCGCCAGUGACGGUCCCAAGGCCAUCCUCUUCACGGAAAAGGGCAAGACAAGCGCGCUGCUGAAGAGUGUCGCCAUAGACUUCCUCGACGUCAUUUCGGUCGGACAAGUUCGGCACAAAGACAAGGAGUCGGUGGCAAAGUAUGGCAUUGAAAAGUUCCCUACGCUCAUCCUCAUCCACGGCGGCAAGACGACGACGUACGACGGAGAGCUGAAGAAGAAGGAGAUUGUCCAGUUCCUCUCGCAGGCUGGCCAGCCUCACCCGGAUCCCAGGUCCGUCAAGGCGGACGCGAGCGACAAGAGCAAGAGCAAGGCCAAGAGCAAGGCCAAGCCCGCGAAGAGCCCCGAGGCUGAAAAGGCCGAGCCCGAAGAUGCCGAGGCGGAAAAUUCGUCCCAGGAUUCCGCCGACGGCGAACCCAAGGCCGCACCAACCCCCGAGGUGAUCCCGAUCCCCAUCGUCACUGAAAAGGCGGGGCUCGUGGAAAAGUGUCUUCAGCGCAAAUCGACGACGUGCGUCCUGGCCCUCGCGCCUCCCGAGACGUCCGAGAAUGGCGAGAAGGCAUUCGCAUCCCUGUCCCAGCUCAACACCAAGUACAUCCAGGGACAUCGACAUCUAUUCCCCCUCCUUUCCAUCCCUGGAGACUUGGAUGGGCUGAAGCCGUUGAAGGAGUCUCUCGGGCUCAGCGCCGACGUCGAGGUCAUCGCCCUCAACGUCCGUCGCGGAUGGUGGAGACGCUACGACGGCGACUUUGGUGUCCUGAGCGUCGAGAACUGGAUCGACGCCAUUCGGAUGGGCGAGGGCGAGAAGAAGAAGCUACCGGAGGGCAUGUUCGGCGCCGACGAGGCUGAGUCGACGACAGGUUCGACGGAUGGCGAGAGCCAAGGCGGCGCCGAUGCCGAUGCCAAGGUGGAGAAGGAGGAGGCGCCCGAGAAGGAAGAGGCGCCCGAGAAGGUGGCACACGAGGAGCUUUAG